AUGAUCAGCAGCAACAGCAAUGCAAGAGAUUGCCCAUCGUCGUCUUCCAAGUUUGGACUCCCCUUCGACGCGGUCCCACGUGAUCGCUGGGUAGGUAUGCUGCCCCACUCCCCCCCCGCCUGCCGCCGACACGAUCCAGCCGAGAAUCCGGCUCUUCGGAGCAUCACGGCAUGUGUCGCCCUCCUCGAACCCAGUACCGGAGCAUCGCACGUCGUCGGGCUAUUCACGAUGCUCAAGCAAGCAGCAAGAGUAGUCUCCACGGAGAUAUUAGAAUCCAGCAACGCCAAAUGGCUAAAGCUCAUCAAGAUCAACUAUGAGGACCAGAACGGCAAGCUGCGCACCUGGGAGGCCAUGAGGCGCCCGACCCGGCCGGGCCACUGCCCCGUCGACGCCACCCAGCUCGUCGCCGUCCUCAGCAGGCCCACCGGCCCGGAGAUCCUGCUCGAGAAGCAGUUCCGCCCGCCCAUCGACAAGGUCUGCAUCGAGUUCCCCGCCGGCCUGGUCGACCCCGGCGAGACGCCCGAGGAGUCGGCCGUCCGGGAGCUGCUGGAGGAGACCGGCUACGUCGGCGAGGUGGUCCCGGACCGGACCGGCGGGCCGAGACCGAUUCUGUACAGCGCACCUGCCUCAUCUGCGGGCGGUGAUAGUUCGUCGACAUAUAUGAUCCACGUCAAGAUCGACCUCGAACAGGCCGAGAACAAGACGCCCAAGCCCCAGCUCGAGGAGGGCGAGUUUAUAGAAUGCUUCACCGUGCCGCUGAAGGAUCUCUAUAACGAGUGCCGGAAGCUGGAGGCUCAGGGCUUUGGGAUCGACGGCAAGGUAGGUGCCUUUGCUGAGGGCAUCGAGUCCGCGAGGGAAUGGCAACUUUGA